AUGUCGGACUGGGAGAGCAGCAGCGAUGAGGAUGCGGGCGCGCCGGGCCGGCCGCCAUCUUCUGCCGCCGCCGGGCGUCUGUGGCAGCCGCCGCCUUCCCCUCCGCAGAGCCGCGCCUCCGGGCGAAGCAGCGCUGAGUGUCGGCGGGAGUCGGCGGCCGGGCUCGGAACGGGGGAGAGGGAGCGUCGAGGCGCUGAAGGCUCCCGCGGCCCGAGGGAGGCGGCGCGGUCCUGGCCGCCCCGAGCCGCCGCCGACGGCCAGUUUCGGGACGCCUUGGAGCCGCUCUGCUUCCACCUCGAUAACGCCCUGGUCGGCGGUCUCAUAGGUCGGGGUGGAGCUAAAAUAAGAGAACUUGAGGAUUCUUCAGGUUCCAGAAUAAAGGUUAUAAAGGGAACUUGUGAAGCUGAAGUAAAGAUCUUUGGCAGCAUUGCUGUGCAAAACAAAGCCAAGAAGUUGAUAAACGAUGCUAUUACAAGAUCUGGACAAAACUACGUUAGAGGAAAAACCUUGGACAGUAUCAAGCCUGAAAAUAACCCAACGAAGUCAGUGAUUAACUGGGCCUCUAUUCGAGAAAACAAAGCUAAAUAUGAAGCCAUGAAAUGGGCAGACUUGCCUCCAAUUGAGAAAAACUUCUAUAAAGAAUCAUCAAGGACUGCAUCCAUGUCACAAGAAGAAGUGGAGCUGUGGCGGAAAGAAAAUAAUGGUAUAAUUUGUGAUGACUUGAAGGAAGGUGAAAAACGCCGCAUUCCCAACCCUGUUUGUAAAUUUGAAGAUGUAUUUGAGCAUUACCCUGAUAUUAUGGCUAACAUAAGAAAAGUUGGUUUUCACAAGCCUACACCAAUUCAGUCCCAGGCGUGGCCGAUCAUACUCCAAGGAAUUGAUGUUAUUGGUAUAGCACAGACCGGCACUGGGAAGACAUUGGCAUACUUAAUGCCUGGAUUCAUUCACUUGACUUCACAGCCAAUAUCCAAAGAUGAGCGUGGGGGGCCAGGGAUGUUGGUCCUUGCUCCCACUCGAGAGCUGGCACUGCAGGUAGAGGCAGAGUGUUCCAAGUACACGUACAAAGGAAUUAAAAGUAUUUGCAUAUAUGGUGGUGGGGACCGAAGAGGACAGAUAGACGUGGUUACCAAAGGUGUGGACAUCGUUAUCGCUACUCCUGGCAGGCUGCACGACCUGCAGAUGAACAACUUUGUGAAUUUGAAGAGCAUCACGUACUUGGUGCUGGAUGAGGCUGACAGGAUGUUGGACAUGGGCUUUGAACCUCAGAUCAUGAAGAUCCUGAUAGACGUGCGGCCCGACAGACAGACUGUCAUGACAAGCGCCACGUGGCCUGACGGUGUCCGUCGCCUGGCCAGGUCCUACCUGAAAAACCCCAUGAUCGUGUACGUCGGCACUCUUGACUUAGCAGCAGUAAAUACAGUAGAACAGAAAGUUAUUGUUCUUGCCGAGGAGGAGAAGAGAGCUUUCAUGCAAUCCUUCAUCAACUCCAUGAAGCCAAAAGAUAAAGUCAUCAUUUUUGUGGGGAAAAAAGUGACAGCUGAUGACUUAGCAAGUGACUUUGGGCUCCUGGGAAUUCCAGUGCAGUCCCUUCAUGGGAACAGGGAACAGUGUGAUCGAGAACAGGCUCUAGAUGACUUCAAGACUGGCAAAGUCAGAAUCCUGGUAGCUACUGACUUGGCCUCCCGUGGCCUUGAUGUGCAUGAUAUUACUCAUGUUUUUAACUUCGACUUCCCUCGCAACAUUGAAGAGUACGUGCACAGAGUGGGUCGCACUGGAAGGGCCGGACGCACCGGGGAGGCGGUGACGCUCGUCACGAGGAGCGACUGGAGGUUUGCAGCUGAGCUGAUUGACAUUCUGGAGAGAGCAAACCAAGUAGUUCCUGAUGAGCUUAUUGCAAUGGCAGAAAGAUACAAACAAUUUCAAAUCAGGAAAGAAACAGAAAAGGAUAUACGGAGGCCUCAGAGAAAGCCCACAAAAUAACUGCUGAGUUACUGAGACACCAGUGCUGGACUAGAGGACAGAGCAAUGUUUGUCAGCGUGGUUCCGAGUGCCGUCGUUUGGCGUUGCCACAGCUGCCACCAGCAGGCAGGGGGAUUGCUGGGGAUAACCUCCCUAUUCAAAACCUGCUCCCUGUUUGCAGGAACUGCUGUUUGCUGAAGCAAGUCUUUUUUGUUUGUUUGUUUUAAAAACUUAACACUGGAAGUCAUUUUUGUUAAGACCGGUGUCUGAGGGGGUUUUUUGCACGAAGCCUGCAUUUCCUCCUGGUGGAGGAGAGCAUCAUGAGAGGUGUGUGGUUGUGGCUGACUGGGGAAAACCAGCUCCUCCUGCUCCCAUGGAUGGGAUUUUCUAGCUUAAGGAAGAAAAGCAGAGUUUACUACAGCAAUGUUAAUAAAGUCAUGAAGAAAAAAUGCACCUGAAGGUCCAUUACACAAAUGUUCACUGG